AUGGCCACCUACAAAGUCAAGGUGGCCACAGGUACCGACUUCAUGUCAGGAACGAUGGACUCCAUCUCACUGACCAUCGUGGGCACCCAAGGACAGAGCCACAAGCAACUGCUUAACCACUUUGGAAGGGACUUUGCCACUGGGGCGGUGGAUGAGUACACCGUCCAGUGCCAGCAGGAUCUGGGGGAGCUCAUCAUCAUCCGCCUGCACAAGGAGCGCUACUCCUUCUUUCCCAAGAACUCGUGGUACUGCAACUACGUGCAGAUCUGUGCACCCAAUGGCCGCAUCUACCACUUUCCCGCCUACCAGUGGAUGGACGGCUAUGAGACGCUGGCACUCCGGGAGGCCACAGGAAAGACGCCGGCAGAGGACACACUCCCGAUCCUUCAGGAGCAUCGUCAGGAGGAGAUCAGAGCCAAGCAGGACUUAUACCACUGGAGGGUCUUCGUUCCUGGCCUACCCAACUAUGUGCACAUCCCGAGUUACCGGCCUCCAGUCCGGAGAAACCCCAACCGGCCUGAGUGGAACGGCUACAUCCCGGGGUUUCCGAUUCUCAUCAACAUUAAGGCCACCAAGUUCCUGAACUCGAACCUCCGCUUCUCCUUCAUCAAGACAGCCUCGUUCUUCUUCCGGCUGGGGCCCAUGUCCUUGGCCUUUAAAGUGCGCGGCCUGAUAGACAAGAAGCAGUCGUGGAAGAGGCUGAAGGACAUUAAGAAAAUUUUCCCUGCCACUAAGACGGUCAUCUCCGAGUACGUGGCCGAGCACUGGGCAGAGGACAGCUUUUUUGGCUACCAGUACCUCAAUGGCAUCAACCCGGGCUUGCUCCGCCGCUGCACCCGGAUCCCAGACAAGUUCCCCGUGACAGAUGACAUGGUGGGCCCUUUACUGGGUGAGGGGACGUGCCUGCAAGCAGAGCUAGAGAAGGGGAACAUUUACCUGGCCGACUACCGGAUCCUGGAAGGCAUCCCCACCGUGGAGCUCAGCGGUCAGAAACAGCACCACUGUGCCCCCCUCUGCCUGCUGCACUUUGGCUCAGAAGGGAAAUUGAUGCCCAUCGCCAUCCAGCUAAGUCAGACCCCAGGACCUGAUUGCCCCAUUUUCCUGCCCAGUGACUCUGAGUGGGACUGGCUGCUGGCCAAGACAUGGGUGCGCUAUGCGGAGUUCUACUGCCAUGAGGCCAUCUCCCACCUGCUGGAGACCCACCUCAUGGCUGAGGCCUUUUGUCUAGCUGUCCUGAGGCAGCUUCCCAUGUGCCACCCCCUCUACAAGCUCCUCAUCCCUCACACGAGAUAUACCAUUCAAAUCAACAGCAUUGGGCGGGCCCUCCUACUCAAUGAGGGGGGGCUCUCUGCCAGGGGCAUGUCCCUGGGCCUGGAGGGCUUCGCUGAGGUGAUGGUUCGGGCUCUGUCAGAGAUCACCUACGACAGCCUCUACCUCCCCAAUGACUUUGUGGAGCGCGGGGUUCAGGACCUGCCAGAAUAUUAUUACCGCGACGACUGCCUGGCAGUGUGGGAUGCCCUGGAGAGGUAUGUGACUGAGAUCAUCACCUACUAUUACCCGUGUGAUGCAGCCGUGGAGGCUGACUCGGAACUGCAGUCUUGGGUGCAGGAGAUAUUCAAGGAGUGCCUGCUGGGACGGGAGAGCUCAGGUUUCCCCACCUGCUUGCGGACGGUGCCUGAGCUGAUCCGCUACAUCACCAUUGUCAUCUACACCUGCUCUGCCAAGCAUGCAGCUGUCAACACAGGGCAGCUAGAAUACACCUCAUGGAUGCCCAAUUUCCCGUCUUCCAUGCGGAACCCACCAAUGCAGGCCAAGGGGCUGACCACACUAGAGACGUUUAUGGACACUCUGCCUGACGUGAAGACCACAUGCAUCAUCCUGCUGGUGCUCUGGACGCUCAGCCGUGAGCCCGACGACAAGAGGCCGCUGGGCCACUUCCCAGACAUCCACUUCGUGGAGGAGGUUCCGCGGAGGAGCAUGGAGACCCUCCGCCAGCGCCUGACGCUCAUCUCCCAGAACAUCCGCCAGCGCAACAAGUGCCUGCCCAUCCCCUACUACUAUCUGGACCCAGUGCUCAUUGAGAACAGCAUCUCCAUUUAG